AUGUGCAAUGUCGUUGAAAUCGUUCCAGAUAAUCCUAUCGUCAUCAUGCGUUGGGAUGGAUAUCAACCGGAAUUACCAGCAAUCAUGUUAAAUUCACAUAUGGACGUAGUACCAGUUGUCGAAGAAAAAUGGUCAUAUCCUCCAUUCAGUGGUACAAUUACACCUGAUGGUAAAAUAUACGGGCGAGGUACUCAGGAUAUGAAAUCAAUUGGUAUUCAACAGUUGGAGGCUAUUCGAAGAUUAAAAUCACGUGGAUGCAACCAGUUGCGUCGUACAGUUUACUUGACUUUUGUACCUGACGAGGAGUUAGGUGGUGUGAAAGGAAUGAAACCAUUUUAUUGA